CACAAAAGUAAAGAAUCUUUGCAUCUCUCUCCUCAUCUUAAACUCCAUUCGCCUCCCGUACAAUUCAUAUUUGUUGUACUUCCCUCCAACCAUUUAUUCCUUCACCACCCGUGUGGCUUACGCGCCACUAAUGCAUCCAUUCCUCUCUGUUCCUGGUUACCGUUGGUCCCCUGGACAAUCAGUGAAUACCUAUUUGAUUCUGCUUCACGAGUGGGGUACUCCUUGGGUGAGUUGCAGAGGAGCGUGCAACUAACGCGCCUCCAAAUGCAGGUGGAAGGAAGAUCACGAGAUCUUGAAACACUCGCUCUCAAAUGUAAGACCCUCAAAUCCCGGAAAAAUAAAUCUCAUAAAAAUCAUAAGGAAAAAAGCAUCAGCAAGAGUCCCAACAACAAUAACAGCUGAAAACAAGACAAGAUCCACCUCGAACCUCUCUCCAUCUCCUCCUAAGUCCCAACUCCUCCAGUUCUGCCACCAACACCACCACCACCACCACCGUCGCCGCCACCUCUGCUGCCCCUAUCUUUCUCCACUCAGAGCUCUCCUCCUCGCGUCAUUGACUUUAUCUAUCUAUCUAUUCAUCUCUCUUUCUGAGUCAAAUUCUAUAGAGAGAGAGAAUUUUCAACAAUCAAAUCCCUGUCUGGUUUCCUCCUUCGACAAUCCAUAUCUCCCGUGGUUCUGUUCAGUUCCAAAAAUCUAGUUUUUGCUGACCAGAAAAUAGGAAUAGUGGAUUGGGUUCGGGUUGGAUUUGCGAAAUAAUGAGGGAAGAGGAGCCGAAUUGGUUAUCGCGAUGGGAGGAACUCCCUGCUCCGAACGAACUCAUGCCCCUCUCCCAAACCCUAAUCACUCCUGAUCUUGCUUUGGCUUUUGAUAUCCGAAAUCCUCAUGUCAAUACCUCACAACAACUCCCUCAGGCCCCUCCUCCGUCAAAUCCUCUGCCUUCUCCUGGAAAUCCUACUCACCCAAACUCCACGGACUUUGCUGAUUCCGCUGAAUUGGGUUCUGGUAUUGGAGGCGAGGAACCCGCUCGCACCCUUAAACGUCCUCGCCUCGUUUGGACUCCACAGCUUCACAAGAGGUUUGUUGAUGCUGUGGCACACUUGGGAAUAAAGAAUGCUGUGCCCAAGACUAUAAUGCAGUUGAUGAGUGUGGAUGGAUUAACCAGGGAAAACGUGGCUAGCCACUUGCAGAAAUACCGGCUUUAUCUUAAGCGCAUGCAAGGAUUAUCCGGUGGCGGCAGCGGCGGAGGCAGCGGCGGCGGAGGAGGAGGCGGUCCAUUGGCUGCUUCUGCAGAUCCUGCCACUGACCAUUUGUUUGCUAGUUCGCCUGUGCCACCCCAUUUCUUGCACCCAACUAGGCCUAAUUCGGAUCAUUUCUUGCCGUUUGUGCCGGUCCAGACUCUGCAGCACCACCAUCACCAGCAGCACAUGGUGGCAGCUGCGGCGGCGGCGGCCGCGCAUCCACAGUUGCAGCCACAGUAUCACAGACAGGUGGGACAUUUUGGUUCACCGCCAAACGGGCACUUUGAGCAUCCCUUUCUAACAAGGCAGUCUCAAGCUCAGCCACUUCACAGGAUGGGAGCCCCAGUGCACAAUCCAGUAACCGCUAAUUAUGUGGAGGACAUGGAAUCGGCCAACGCGGCAGGAGCGAGAAAGGUUCUUACUUUAUUUCCUACUGGGGAUGAUUGAAUCUGUUCUGUGGUCCUCUUAUUGAGUUUCCUAAUUCUCCUUAUAUUCACCUUCUUGUCUUGCGAAAUAUUGUUUCUGGUGGUUCAUGUUGAGUGUCCUUGUUUAAUUUUGUUUUAGGGGUCACGGUAAUCUUGAUGCUACUAAUUGGUUCUGGAGUCUAGGUGUUAUCUGCACUUCUGCAGAUCUAAGAGUCCCACCUGUCGUGCUUCUGUGGCAUAAUCGGAUAUGUUCGAUAAUAAUGAGUAUGACUAGAAUAGAUUGCUAGAUUCCACAGUGGUGUCGUUCCUGUACAACCACGUCCAUAGUUCAGGUGACUGACAUAUACCAUGAUGUCACUUUUGAAGUGGGAAAAUAAUAUUUGCAAGCUUGUGCAUGAAUCAGUAGCUGCGUCAAGACUCAUCCCAUUGUUGUCUAAGAAUCGCCUGCAGUUCAAUAUAAUCCCGAGCGCUUCUACUUGGGAAGCUUUUGAUUGACAGGAUUGGCUGAAGCAACAAGUUCCAGUGACAAUGAGCUUGCAGAUUUAAAUUAAUUUUGUGCUACACUAGUUAGGAAUCAAAGGAAGCAUACUGGUUGGUGGAGUUGGUUGUGAAUUCUUAAACUAAAUCCAGGAUCCUCUAUUGUGAACUGAAAGAUUUGUCUCUCGAGUGUCGAGCUGUCUAUUUCUGUAGAGGUGAGGCGUAUAUAUAGAAGAUUUAAACGCCAGAUGUAAGGGCAUAUUUUUAAAUCCUGAUCUCACGGCAUUGUUGGGUUAACCCCUAUGCUAAUGAAUUGUAGUAGGCUAGAUUCCAUAAUUUCUAGAUGUACUCUUUUCAAAGGAAAAAUAAAUAAAAGCUCCACGUUGUAUUUCUUGUCUGACAGGCA